GCACCCAACUUUCCUCCGCCAAAGACCGACAAACCUCGACCGCACGUAUGUACCACUUGCGGACGAUCGUUUGCACGGCUGGAACAUCUGAAACGACACGAGCGAUCACAUACCAAAGAGAAGCCGUUCGAAUGUCCGCAGUGUUCCCGGUGUUUCGCCCGUCGAGAUCUCCUCUUGCGGCACCAACAGAAGCUCCACCAGCAGGGUGCUGCCUCCUCUCGACCGAGAAAUGGACGUCGAGAAAGCACGAGUGGGAUGCCUCCGACGGGUCUGCAACGGGGCCGGAAAGGUUCGACUGCGAGUACUGCGGGAGGUCCGAACGGAACUGGAUCCGGACCUAUGCGUCCACGAGCAAACACCAUCAGCCAUAUUGAUGCAAGUGCAUUGAACAGCCUAUUAGCGAAUUCUGGCGUCCCUGGACGGCCUGGUGCAUAUCCGAACGGGAUGGCCCAGAACCCCAUGAUGUUUAACCUGGCGAAUAUGAAUGGGUUCGGCGUGCGGGGUAUGCCCAACGGAUUUGGCCAGCACUCGGAUCAAAACGCCCUCCCCAAGCUCGACACGCAGCUAAAUAUGAAUAUUGGCGGCGGGCUGCGCACUGCGCCUAUCCAGAACAUGGGGGACGGGUUUCACAUGGAUAAGAUGUUUGGGUCGGCGUCGACAAUUAACCCUGCGCAACUUCAUUUCAGCGGUGGGCUCGGCUCCUCCACCGGAACCUUCCCCACGUUUCCGCUAAAUGGAACCGCCGGCUUCGAAGAAGAAGAUAACUUCGACUGGUCCGCCGCCGGUUUGGAAAAUGGUGCGAUGAACGGUGACGGUGGUCUGGACGGUUCUUCUCCUUCGGCUUUGAGCACCGCCAGCCAAAGCGGGUUCAGCGAGGUAAUGCUCGACGGUUCCAACAGCAACCUUCAGAACACCUGGCCGCACGUAACCAUGGGCGCUCCCGAUGUGGCACAGGGAGCAUUUUCUUUGGAUACGAUCGGACAGGCGAUUUUCCCGGAAUUGAUACCACCGAACGCGACGCUUUCCUCCAAAGACUUUGACCAGAACGCCGAGAACUUCAAUCUCUUUCCCCGACCAACGAACGGCAAUGCCAUGAGCCCGAACUCGAGCGGCACUGCGGUGCCAGGCCAUUUCUUCCAGCCGCAUAUGACGUUUAACCAUGACACCAACAGUAUGUCGUCCCCUUCGGUCAACGGCAGUGGGCGACCCAGCUCUAUCUCCUCCGUCUCCACCGACUCGAUCACCGAUGCGACGCGACAAGCGCUGUUGAUCAGCUUGUCACAAACUCCUGGGUUUGGGCAUACGAAUCGCAAGUUCUCGCAGACUCCAGUGGGAUCUCCGAUCUCAUCAGGUUACACACCUCGAAGCGAAGCGCCAUCGGUCGAGCUCCCGAGCACGGCAGACCUCCAGCGCUACGUCGCCUCGUAUAUCUAUUACUUUCAUCCUCACAUGCCAUUUUUGCAUAUUCCAACCUUGACUUUUAAUUCUCCAGCGUUUACCACCCAUCUCGGCCAGGGCGUUUCCAUGGUUGGUGGUGGCGGCUGCUUAAUCCUCGCCAUGGCCGCAAUCGGAGCCCUUUACGAAUUCGAGCACGACGUGGGCGAAAGGCUGUUUGAAUACUCGAAGAAGAUGAUCAGCAUAUACCUCGAAGAACGACGACGAUCCGGAAUGACGUCGGGGAGCAAUGCCGGUGCGGGCAUGAUGGGCGCCAACGCAUCGAAUCAAAAAACCCCGCUCUGGCUUGUUCAGGCCAUGUUGUUGAAUUUGAUCUACGGCCAUAAUUGCGGAAACAAGAUAUCCACCGAUAUUGCGACCACACAUUGCGCUGCUCUAGUGAGCCUGGCCAAAGCGGCCGAGCUCGACAAACCGGACUCCGACGUGGAGAUCGAUGCACGACUAUACAACGCACGAACCGGAUCGAUGGACCGAGACAUGGAUCUGGGCGAGGACGGCCUUUCGCCCACAUCGUACGGUCCCAGGAUGUCCGUGGAAAAUACCGAGGAGAUGAACGCCCUGCAGGCGCAAUGGUACCGCUGGAAAAUUAACGAGGAGCGGAAGAGAACGCUGUUCUGCAUCUUCGUCCUGUCCAGUAUCUUGGUGACCGCAUACAACCACCUGCCCCGGAUCCUUAACUCCGAAAUCCACCUCCGAUUACCAUGCGAAGAAACACUUUGGGGCGCCGAGAGCGCACAGGCGUGGCUGGCGAGCGGUGGUCCUACUGCCGAACAGAAUAUCCCGAGUUUCGCCGACUCUCUUUCUUUUCUACUCACUGCUUCUCAGCGGGAUAGUCACCACCACAACCUACACAAUCCCUUCCACAGUGCCUUUGGCUCUUCAAUGCCGCUCGACAACCUCCCUGAGAGUGAUUUGAAGCCCAGCUCGUUCGGCUGCUAUGUGCUGAUCAACGCACUGCAUGUCUACAUCUGGGAGACUCGUCAACGACACAAUAGCCGCCAAUGGAAAACGAGCGAGACCGAGCAAAUGCUGGCCCAAAUCGAACCAGCCCUGAGAGCCUGGCAAGCCGCAUGGAGAUCCAAUACCCACCAUAGCCUCGAACGACCGAACCCCUACGGCCCGAUGCCCGCCAACAGCAUCCCGCUGCUCGACCUCGCAUACGUCCGCCUCUUCGUCAACCUCGGCCGCUCGAAAGAAGCGUUCUGGGCCCGCGACUUCGACGCCAUGUGCGAAGAGCUCGGCCGCGGCAUUGAGAUCAUCCAACAUGCCGACAACUCUCGCGACGGUUCUGAAGGGCCGUUAGACGGCGCCCAAUCCGCCCGUGCUCGCUCUGCUUCUGCGGAUGUCGACAUGAACGAUCUGGCCCCCGGAAGCGAUCCGUCCAUGCCCACUCACCACCAGUCCAAGCGCGAGCGCCAUCUCCGCAAAGCAGCCUUCUACGCCGCCGACUCCCUGCAGAUGGCUGACAAGCUCGGCGUGACGUUCGCGGAAUUCACGUCACGUGAACUGCCGAUCGCGAGCGCCAUGUGCACGUUUGACUGCGCCCAAGUUCUCGCCGAAUGGCUCGCCACGGUGCAAGAGCGGGUGGGCCGGUUCCUCGGCGUGCUUGGCCGCGAUGAUAUCGAUUACUCUCAAGUACCGGCAAUUUUAUUGCUCGAGGACGAGGAUUGUAAGCUGCUGGAAAAGGUCGCGGAAAUCCUGCAUCAUGCGGACUAUAAAAUCGCGGUGGACAUUGGCGCCGCGGCGCCAGGAAACCCCAAUAUCAACAUGGCGGCAUUUUCUGGGCCGUUCAAAGAUUUCGACAUGCGCAAGAUGGGUUACGCGAGCAAGCUACUGUUGACAACGGCCUACAUGAUGGAGAAGGCCGCGGUUUGGCCGAGUAUGUGCCCCUGUCCGGUUUAA